CUAGUGAUUCAGAACUUUCUGGAAUAUUACAGAUAGUUACAAAAGACCUUUCAGAUGAUCCCGAGAAAAAAGUUACCAUGACUGACUUUGCGGGACAGUGUGCAUAUUAUGCCUCACACCAGAUUUUUCUGAGUCCACGAGCAUUCUUCAUUCUGGUGCUCAAUAUGGAGAAGAAGUUUGAUGAUACGGUUGGAGAAGAAGUUUGUAGACAGGAAGGCUCCAUAUACAAGGGAUGGACACACAGAGAUUACCUUGAAUUCUGGAUGAAGUCCAUUCACCAGUACAGCAGUGAUAAGGCUCCUGUGAUCCUGGUUGGUACACACAGUGAAAACAAAACAGAAAAGGAGAAAAUGCUGUUUUUCCGACAAAUAUGGAAAAUUUUAGAAAUGAAGGAGAAAACGUUGCACAAACAUCUUGAUGUGAAGAGGCAGUUUGCAGUUGGAUUCCAUGACAAUGAAAGUAUUGAAAAAAUCAAACGGUCCAUUCUUGAUAUUGUGCCCAAACUUGAUCACUGGGGUGAAGAACUUCCACAAUCAUGGGCAAUGUUUGAAAAAUUCUUUCAGGAAAAGAGAAAUUUCAAGAUUUUGAGCAAAGCUGAACUACAGAGAUUCAAUGAAGCAUUGCCAGAGGGAAUAAAGCUCCAAACUGAUGAUAUAAAUGUUAUGCUGCAGUUCUUCCAUGACAUCAGAGAACUUUUACACUUUGGUCAAGAAUUCCUCAAUGAAGUAAUUAUUCUUGACGUUCAGUGGUUCGCAGAUGCAUUUAAAAAUGUUAUAACAGAUGAAAACCAUGCAAAGGAGGAUUUGUUUCACCUUGCCUCAGAGUGGGACAAGUUCAAUGAAGCUGGAGAGUUACAUGACACUUUGCUGUCUGCUAUAUGGAGAAUGAACAACAAUGGUUACAUUGAACACAAAGAUGAUAUUAUGCUGUACAUGGAGAAGUUAGGACUCUUAGCUAAAUUGAGUGACAAAAAAUGGUAUGUUCCCUGUAUGAACAAAACACCAUUUUGUAUGGAAUACUUUUCAUCAUAUCAUGCCUCAUCCAUCAUUUGCUACAGAUUUGAUCUUCUUCCUGCCAGCAUUUUCCAUCGUCUUAUAGCAACUUGCAUUCAGAUUCCUUGGGAGAUUUUUUCUGAUGGAGACCAGGAAUGUAUUUAUCAGACGGCAGCUGUGUUCAUGUAUCAGGACAUGCAACAUAAUAUUCUGCUUGGAAUGACCCAAACAGAAAUUCAGUUGCAAGUGUUUGUUGUGGAAGGAGAAGUUGAUGUUUCAACAUGUCACCAGAUCAGAGAAAACAUAGAGCAUAUUUUACACAAUCUUUCCAGCACAUUCGAGAAGAACUCAGAAUUCCAUGUUGCGUUCAAGUGUAAACCUACUGGAUUUUGUGAUAGCAAAGAAAGCGCUGUCAUCAGUGAAUCUAAGUUUAUCAGAGAGACUUUUCUGUGUCCAUCCUGUCCGGCAAACAAAAAGCAUCGUAUCAACACAAACAACAUCACAAAAUAUUGGAAACAGAUAAAGACGAGUGUUGCCAGCGCUACCUCUGGACUAGACCUGGGAGGUAGAUCUAGAUUUGCCAAACUUGGAAUGGCAACAAAUGAUGUGUUAAUUCAGGCAUGUAGAGAUAUGCUGGAGAUGGAGGUACCACCUUCCCAUAUUGAAAACAAAGUGAAAUCAUCUAAAAUCAAAUUAAACCAAGAUCAAAAGGAUCUCGUGCAAAAAGCUAAAAGUUCUGGUUAUAAUAUUUUUGAUAUUUCAUUGACGUACACCUUAGUCAGAAACAUUUGCUCAAAGAUCCCUAAACCGACAAAAGGAUCAUGGGGAGGUAACAGUAUGCCUGCUCCAGGAGAGAUUAUGGUUGGUGAUGACAUAGAGAGAAUCAGGUUAACCCGAAACAAUUUGACUGCGCAUGUGAGCUCAGCCUCCACCCCUCAGACAGAAUUCGAUGACACUUGGUCAAUGAUGUCAGAUAUCUGCAAAAGACUGGAAACCUUCACUGGAAAGAAGUACCUGGAUAAACUUAAUUACAUUCAAAAACUGACCCUGAAAGAGGAAGACGAAGAUGAUAUUAUUGAAAAGGUUAAAAUGGAAAGCCAGCAUGAAAUGAUGAAAGAAAUGUGGUCAGAUAUGAAAGACAUAAAGGCAGCAGUAUUGAGGCCUGAAAGCAAGCAUGCUUCAAAUUAUGAGUAUUACUCAUAAAAUGAUAUGUUCACCUGUGUGUAAAUUUUAAGUAUUUUUGAACUCAAUACAAUUUCUGUGAUUUUGCAAGUGUUUGUAGGAUUUGAUAAUUACAAUUUACAUGUAUUUAUGUUUUUUGAACUUGAUCCAAGCUCCAGAAGAUUUGGUGGUUUCAUAUUAAAAUCAACAUUAAGAAGCCAAUGUUUAUUACGAAUAUGGUUUCUCUGGAAUUAACACUUGCACUUAAUUUAGGAUGAAGGUCAUUUUCAUGUAGUAGGAAGUAAAUGUAAAUAGUAUUGAUAUGUCAAAUAUUGAAAUGUUUCACUCUACAA